AUGAGUUCGACUUAUGGUCAAAUGAAUAAAAAGGGGAUUCUGUUAAUUGAAUUAUAUGACACUGGUAUUGGCAUGAAUCCUGAAUUUAUACAACAUGCCUGGAAAAGUUUUUCACGAGGUGACAUGUCAAUAACCAGAAAACAAGAGGGUACAGGACUUGGUCUCUCAAUUUGUAAAAGUUUAGUAGAAAUUAAUGGAGGAGAAAUUAAAGCAGAAAGUCAGUUAGGAGAAGGAAGUAAAUUUUGGUUUACAUGGAAUAUUGAACUAUUUUCAUCGAUGACACCAACUAUUUCAAAACUUCCAACUUCUCC